CAGAUUUCUUUUUACGUUUUUAUUAUUUCAGAAAUAAAGGAUGCAAGCGCGACGAAAUUUAGUUAUGGAACAUAAUGUAUAAACACGCGCUACGGCGCAAUAGCCAUGACGAGAACUGAUAAUAUGCCGGGGGGAUCAACCUGGAGAAAAGAGCCGACAACCGGCUCAAGAAAAGACUCCGGCAGUAGCCGGAAAGAUAACAGAAGCUCCCGGAAGGAUGGAUACGCCGGAAGUGGAUCAGGGGCGUGGCGGAAAAGAUCCCCGCCCUCCCCGUCUUCCUCGCAGGAGGAUACGGAGGAGGGCGGCAGAUCAUACAGAUCUGCAUUUGAAACGAAUCCAGAAAACCGACGAGCCUAUAGUCCUGUGGCAGAAACGUUGUUCCGAAAGGAUUUAAUUUCCGCAAUGAAGCUUCCGGAUAAUGAACCCCUGGGUGCAGAGGAUUUCUGGACUGUACAGGACACAUGGAAGCAGGAGUGGGAGAAGGGGGUUCAGGUUCCCGUGAAACCUGAUGGUCUGCCUGAGCCCCAGGUUAGCCUGGUUCCCCUCUCAACUAACCGGGAGAGGUUUGGUUUACCUAGAAAACUAAUCUGUAUGAACGCUAGUGGGUCCUAUACAGCAGAAACUCAUCAGGUGACUCCUAUGGUGCUGAGAGCUGAGCAGGUGUGUGGGUAUGACCUAGACGAUGUUGAUCAAAGAUGGCUCAGCAAUCUGAACGGAGAGCGUGUACUAAUGGGACAAUCCUUGCUUACAGAAAACGAGAUGGAGCAAACGAUCGAGGAGUUAGAGCGUCAGUGCAGGGAUAAAAUAAACUCGUCUCUACGAAGCUCCGAGGAUACACAAAUCCAGCAGGAUGACUCCAUCAUCUGCGACGUUUGUAGAUCGCCGGACUCUGAGGAAACUAAUGAGAUGGUAUUCUGUGAUCAGUGCAACAUUUGCGUACACCAGGCCUGUUAUGGUAUAAUGUCUAUCCCUGACGGCCCCUGGUUAUGUAGAACCUGUAGUUUAGGGAUUAAACCUCCUUGCCAGCUCUGCCCUAAUAAGGGUGGUGCCAUGAAGAGUACGCGCAGUGGACAAAAAUGGGCGCACGUUUCCUGUGCGCUCUGGAUUCCCGAGGUUUCUAUUGGGUGCGUGGAGAAAAUGGAGCCUAUUACAAAAAUAUCAAGUAUACCGCAAUCCCGGUGGUCCCUUGUGUGUGUGUUGUGUAAGGAGAAGACGGGGUCCUGUAUACAGUGCAGCGUGAAGACCUGUAAGACCGCGUACCACGUCACCUGCGCGUUCAGGCACAAUCUAGAGAUGCGCGCAAUCAUUGAUGAUGAAAAUUCAGAGGACGGUGUUAAACUUAGAUCCUACUGUCAGAAGCACAGCUUGAACAGUAAGAAAACCGAUGAUUCCGACUCCGAGAGCGGAUCUAGGAAGCAGAAUUUGUCACCGGAAGAUCGGAGGAAAAAGAUUGCUAGGUUUGAACGCGAGUUCUUUAAGUUGGUUGAUAUAAGUACUGCUGCGACUAAAGUUGAGUUAAGCCUGGAGUUGGUUGAUUUUAUCUACCGCUACUGGAUCCUAAAGAGGAGGGCCGGGGGGAACAAGGCCCUCCUGGUCCCUAGAGGGGAGGAGGAGUCCCUCUCCAGUGUUAAGGGUGAGGAUACGGAGCGGGAUAAGAUGAAGAUGUUGGUUGGGAUUCGUCAGGAUCUUGAAAGAGUUCGGAAUCUUGCAUACAUGGUAUCUCGGAGGGAAAAGUUAAGCCGGGGUUAUGUCAAGCUCAAGGAGCAGAUUCUAGAACGGCAGCUGGCCUUGAUAUCAGACGAGGAUCCUGCUAACCAGAUGACCCUCAUGGAGAUGUCGGCAGUCCUGGAAGCUAACCAUGGUCCAACCAUUUAUGACAAAACCUACUCUCAUGAAGAUUCAGAACAACAUUCCUAUGAGGAUUUUGAGGCAAUUAUUUCCCGGAUAUCUGGUGAGAUUAACGAGGGCAGUGCGCAAAUCCGACGAGACAAUCCAGUGCGGAAAAGAUCGACGGAAUCUACUGCUUCUAUUAAACCUGAGUUGAGAUAUGAACGAAUUUUCUCUGACACCAGUCAGUCCGAGUCGGAUGACAGCUUUAUACAAAAUGUGAAACCCUUAAACUCAAGACGAUCCAAUCUUUCCAAAAAAUCUCAUAAGGAUAUUAAAAAGAAACCUAUAGGCAAAAAAUCCAGUAAGUCAAGCAAGUUACUCAACCACACCGACUCAUCAAUCUCAAGCUCAGAGGAGGAAGCAGAACUGAAGAAACUCUCUCCCCGAAAAGAACUUAAUAAAAGUGCUAGCAAGACCAAGACUAUAUAUAGUGAGAGUGAAAGUGAUCAUGAUCUUCAGCCCAAGGGGCGAGGUAGGGGUACAAAGUCCAAAAAAUCAGCAAAAGAUUCUUUGCGUUUGAACAAUGAAAGUUUGGGGGAAUGGAGGGAUUCGGAGGACACACAAAACUCUAUGGACCGGCCCAGAUCUCCUGUUUUUAGGACAAAGGCAGCCAUGAAGGAAUUCUCGUUGCCAGAACUUUCGCGAGCCAAAGAGUCAUCCCGGAUAGGUAGCAAAUCCAAUGAUGAUGUUCUGAAAAAAUCUUCUAAAUUAAAGCUAGCCAGAGAUUCAUCACACUCAGAAACUGAGCCCAUGGACGUUGAUGAUAAACCCCCCAUUAUGCUAGUCCCUCAAAGAUCUGCAGCAAGGAAAGCAUCACAGAAACUGAACAAAAAAGAAACUGAAGAUUUAAAGAAAGGUGGGCGGGGAGUGAAAACAUCUGAGCUUUUUGGGGAUUCAGAAUCAGAUGUGGAGAUACUGAAGUCAGGAUCUCCAUUGAAACCCAGGGAUGUGAGAAAGAGUCCUAGAGUUAAACAUGGUGCUAACACGUCUUACAACUCAGACCUUUCUGAAGAUGAGUCCAGUAAACCUGUCUAUUCUAAAAAAGAUGAAGAACUGAAGUCAAAACAGAAUCAAAAAUCCAAAUUUUCCAAGGCUUCCCUAGCUUCCUCUUUACAUGCCCUCUCAGAGUCUGACGAGGAUGUAUUUGCCUUCCCAAAAGAUAAGGAUGUUAGACCAUCUAAGAAAUCAAAGAACAAAAAAAUUGCUUCCUCUGCUGGAGAGUCUGAGUUUGACUCUCUGUUUGACACUGAUAUCAGGCCACCAAGUGGACCGGACUCAGAGUCUGACAAAGAGUUCCUCAACAAGAAAAGAGAGUUUGAUGACUUUGAAAAUCCUGAAAUGUUCUCUUUUGUACCGCAAAGAAAAGCUGCUAAGAAAGCAAGUGCACAACUUCGAGAGCAGGACAUGUGGAAGAAAUCCCAACAGGAAGCUCUUCUUGCAAGCGCAUUACAGGCAAAAAUGGAGAAGGCUGAUCCAACUCGAAAACUUGUUAAAGUUAGCAAGAAAUCUAAAAAAUCACAAUCAGACUCAGAAUCUGAACUCUUUAAACGGCGAACUAGAUCAUCCGACAGUUCUGUGAGCUCAGGAUCAGAGUCAGACUCAGAUGCAGGAAAAAGUCAGAGGGGAAGGGGGAAAAGUCCAAAGGGAAAGAAGCCUGGAAAGACUCAAUCACCAAGACCAAGUAAGCCAGUUGUGAAGAGACAGAGAAGCAAGAAGAGUCCAAGGGCUGCUCCAGAUGGAGCUAUUUCAUCUUCCAAAGCUCUGGAAUAUCUUAGCCAACGAGAAUCUCAAAUAUCUAAUAUUCUUGGCUCUCUCACCAAAGAGGACAAGGAGGAGAUUGAUAAAGCUGGAAAGGAUCCGCCUGAUAAGAAGCUUAAAACUUCCGAAGGGCGGCCUGAAGGCGUUCAGUCUCCGCCCAGUUCUUCAAAGACUUCAUCUGACUCGGAAUCAGAUACAGACACUGACGACAGUGUCAUCCAAAGACUCAAGUCGGACAAUACAAGUGACAAACAACUUGAGCCUCUUGCAAGACUCCCUUCAGACAUCCUCAGACCCAUUGAGUCAGGUGUUGAGUCCAAAGAAGCUAAUGAUACACCAUCUCGAAGAGGGAGAGGAGAUAUCAGUGAUUCCUCAGUGGACCGACACACGGGGAGAAGCAGAGGAUUUGGAGAGGAAAAUUUCACCGGUGAUCAUUCCAUCUUUGACCCAAGUUCCAGAGCGUCGCCCUCUCAGAGUGUCCAACUCCAACAGCCCGGUCCGAGGGAAGAUACACCAAAAAAGAGUAUCUUCAGUCCUGACAGAAGCCCACCAAGAGAUGAGAUCAGUGAGAGGUUGUCGCCUGCUGCCUUUGGACCCGGAGAACAUGAGUCCACCAGCCAAAAAGAGAAUGAAAGCCCAUCUCAAUGGGGGUCCCCGAGGGGUAGAAAACAACCCGAAACUAGGUCGCCUCGCAUCUCAAGCUCAUCAAGAGAAAAAGUACGGGACAUACUCACUCAGACAAAGUCCCCUACCAAAAGUCCGGCAUUGAACAGGUCUUUAGAUAGUUCUUUGAACAGAUCCAUAGAGUCAACUCACAACAAUAGCCCCCUUCCCAACCUACUUAAGUCACCAAUAGGUAUGUCGCCUUCUCUUUCUACAAAAGACAUACACAAUAAAUCUCAUGAAGAUAAGACUGCUGCUGAUAUUUUUAAACCUGCACUAAAUAAAUCAGACAAUGAACCUGAAGAAGAGAUUGGAACUGGUAGAAAAUUUAGUGUUGAAUCCAAGGAUUCUGAUGCUGAUAGUGCUAAAUCCUCCUUGACUGAUGGUAAUGGACUCCUCCAAGAUAUCAGCAAAGAAGACUCAACAGACACACUAGAGUUUACUGACAAACUAAGUGAUACUAGCCUGAAAAUUGGAACUCAGAAAGGGGUGCAUCAAACCAAGACAGAUGAAGGAUAUGUUAGUGCUGAGAAACCGGUGGCAGUUCAACCUUCACCAGUGUUUGAGAACAAUAUUCAUGAUUCUAUUCGUAGAAAAGAUAUUCAACCUAGCCUUGACAACAUUGUUAGUAGUUUGGAGAAAAGCUCUGCGAUGGCACAGAAAGAUAGUUUUGAUUUUGGCCUAAAGCCUCAAAACCCUGUUCCAGAUCACAGCAAAGCAUUUCAACCAUCAGCUCUUCAGCAGCUCUCUCAGGAGCAGCAAAUGCAAUUUCUAGCAGCAGACAAGCCUAAAGACGACCUUUCAACAUUCUACAACCAAACCUCCUCCACUGGUCACAAAACUAACAACUCUAUGUCUUCAUCCGACCUUCAGCAGUACUUUCAGCAACAACAGCUUCAACAGCAGAUGUUGCAAGAUCCUAGAUCAUGGCCUCAGUACAAUCAAGAGCAGCAGAAGCAGAAGCAGGACCUUGAUACGUUUGGGAAACCAGAUAAGAAGAACACAGAUGCCUUGGUGAAUCAUCAACAGCAAUUGUACAACGAAGCAUUACUCAAUCAGAUGUUUACCAUGCAGAGCAAAUCCCAACAAGUUGCUUACGCUCAGCAAUAUGUCAAGGAGUUGGCCGGGUUUGGUUUAAACCAGAACCUUGAUCUGUAUACACAGGCUCAAGCACAUCAACUUCACUAUCAAUCAUACCUUCAAGCAGCAUACGGAAAGAAGAUGCAGAACGAUAUUCUCAAUGCUGCUUGGCAGGAGCAGAUGGCAGGUUGGAGUCCAUACACUCAAGGGGUGAACAAGAUAUCAGAGUUGGAAAAGAUGUCCCGAAACAGUCUCUCAGAUCUAGAAAAGAUUACCCGGGAGCAGAACAAGGAAAAGAUGAAACAGCCAAGCUUGUCUCUGGUUCAGCAGAAGAUGCAAGAAUCCAGGAGGGAUCAACCAUCCUACAUGGAUCAACUGCGCCCUCAUCAGGACCAACGUUCUUUCCAAGAGCAGAUGCGAACGCAGGAGAAGCGCGCUCAAUCAGAAUCAGUGCGUCAGGACGAUUCAUCCAAAUACUCUCAUCCUGGAAGUCAGGUUUCCUUUUUAAAUGAUCCAAAAUCCAGGAUUGAUCCAACCCGCUCACACCUGGAUGCUUUGGCCCAGUUUGGAAUGAUCAAAACAGACAAGUCUCCUGAUAAAUCCAAGGCUGGAAGAUCAUCUCAGGAUCAUUUACCUCCAGACAUGCGUCAAAGAUCCCACCAGGAUCAGAAGCAUCAACAAGAAUUGAAGAAGCACUCUGAUCCAUUUAGAAAUCAGUUCAACAUUGGGUCGUACAUGGAUAGUACCAACCAGGACCAACAAAUGCAGUACACAUCAGUGCAGAAGAGCCGCCCUGUGUCGCCAAGGCAUGAGAAGCAAAACCUCUCAUCUUGUAGGAUGGAACCACAAAAGGUGGCCGAACCUGUGUAUGGAAUACCCUCUGCUACUCCAGCAGAUAAGCUCCCAGGGUUUGUUCACUCAGUCGCUCACUCUAGAGAACAGAAGCGACAGAGCCAAGAAGGAGCUAAUGAGUAUGUUGAACCCGUGAAAGAACAGAAGAAAGGUCGAGAUACCCCUGCAUCUGUAGCAGGUUCUGAUGCAUCACUUAACUCAGCUCCAAGCGGGAUUCCUAAUGAGCUUCUUGACUCUGUUCUAGAAACUGCUAAGUUACCGGUUUGGAAACCCCCUGAUAAAAGUGAUGUGAAGAUCUCAAGUCCUGCUAAACCACCCCAGGCCUCUCCUCCUAAACCUCCACCAGUGAUUUCUGAACGUGAUACCAUCUCUCUUGAGGAAUUAGUCAAGCAUAUUGAUGCAUCCCCAAGUCCCAGAGAUAACAGGAUAGAAAAGUUGUCUUCCAUUCCUCCAUAUCUGACCUCACCUCAGUCAGUAAAAUCUUCGACACAUGAGAAGACUGAGUCAGGAAGUACUACAGCUCAACUUCUCUACUCAAAUAUUCCCGGUCUCAUGGGGGCUAAUAUAGCCCAGUCAGAUAAGGAAAUGUCAGAAGCAGACAGAUCAGAUUAUGACAAUGAUCAGCAUGACAAAGGCGGUGUUGAUUAUGAUGAUGAUGAGGAAGAUGAGGAUGAUCUUCCCCUCGGAAAUAGGAUAAAAGGGCUGGACUCGAGCAGUCAGAAAGUUUCAAAUGAAAUGGAUAUUUCUUCCUGGAAAUCAGAUGCUACAGAUUCCAAACCAGUUAAAGCAAAACCUGAAGCAACUGAAGAAAUUAAGCCAAAGCAAGCUGUUACGAAGAGAGGUACCAAAGUUCCUUGUUAUAAAGAAGAACCAGAGUUACCAGUGGUAGAGAAAGCAUCUGAAGUUUUAACAAAAAGAGGAACCAAAGUUCCUUGCUAUAAGGAGAAGGAGGUUGAAGAGAGUUCUCCUGCGCGGAUUCCUCUGGUAAAGAAAGUGUUAACACCAAUAACUAAAGGAAAGGCUAAGGGUAGAGGAGGAGCAAGAAUGUUCUCUAGAAAUAAGGGACCCAAAUAUGAUCAGAAAGCGUUUGAAAAAGUACACAAAAAUCUUGUUGGAACUGACUUUGACUUUGAAGACGAAUUUGAUGAUGAUAGUGGAUUUACACCCAAGGAAGAGGUACCCGGUUCAUUGAGAGAUUUCCGGGAACAAACCAAGAGUAAGAAAUCAAAUGAUUCAUUUGAUUUUGAUGAUCCAGACAAUUCUGGUCUAACCCAAAUGCCUCCAGUUCAGCUUGAACCUGAAGAGGAGGAUUUGAAAUUGUCUCUUAGAACAAAGAUUGGUGUGAAAGGAAAAUCAAGGGCAAAAAGUACCAAGAACCUUGUAGAAAAAGAACCUGAAGUGAAACCCAAAAUCAUUCCGUUGAAGAUCAAAAAGAUUACAGAGAGGAAAGAAGAAAAGCCUAAAAUUCCAAAGCUUAAGAUCAAGUUUGGUGCAAGAACAGAAUCGCCAUUGGAAGCUGAGGUUGGGGUUAAAAAUAAGAAAGUUCAAGAAGCUUCAGAAGAGUCCUCUGUUCCUCCAAUAAAGUUGAAGAUCCCCACUCUAAAGAUCAAGUUACCUCCCAAGCCUGAAGAUUUAGCAAAGGUUGCUGAGGAAGAACCUGAAAACAGGGAACUACCUCAAGAUCUGGACAUGGAACCUCCUGUGCUCAUUAUAAGAUCUACUCCCAAAUCCCCUAGGUCUCCGGCCAAGAGUAAAUCAACACCAGUGUAUCAUCCCACCUCUUACCCUGGAGAUGAUUUAGAUGAUGUUGAGCCUCCUAAGCAAGAUUUCUCUCUUGAAAGUCUAAAAUCAGAUUUUGUCAAAUCUAGUCCUAAACUUAAUCUAACUAAAUCUCCUGCUGCUACCCCACCAACAGCAGUUGGGAAUCUAGAUCCCUACUUGGCAAAUGUUACCUCUGAAAUAUCUCCAAAGAAAACCAAGGGAUAUAUAGACAUGCUGGCAAGCAACCUCAUGGCUAAGAAACAAUCUAACACACUACCUAAGCCAAGUGAGUUCCCUAUGGACAAGGCUAAUGAGCUGGCAGCUAUUUUUGGCCCUGAGGAACCUUUGCCAGUGAAUAUGGGAGCAGAGAGUGAGAUUAUUGCAGCUGUAGCAGAUAGAUCAGAGGAUGGACCCUCUGAGUUAGAUCUGUUAACCCUGGAACUGAAGAAAUUAGAAAAAGAGAAACUACCGAAGGAAGAUGAGGAGAAGAAGGACGAGAGAAGAUCUACGGUUGAAGAGGUGCCACGUCCUGAAUACAUCCCUGAGAGGCAUGAGGAGGAAAACCACCAUCAUCAUCAUCUUAAGUACAAAUUUAAACCUUCCGCCACAGAUUUCAGUCGUAACACAACCUCUCCUGGUCCCAACACUCCUGUUAAGAUCAGUAUUGUCCCACCCAACAGUGAUGUAGGACAGCGAAGAAUGAGGAAAAAGGAGUUGCUCAACUCUUACUUUGGUAUUGAGACCCCUGCUCAACCUGCACCCCAAACUCAUCCUGUUGCAAAUGGACCUGUUUACCAUGCUGAGACACCUAAGGAACCCUUCAAGAUGAAUAUUAUUAAAAUUCCUAAGGCUGUUGCUAGUGUAACGAGUGUUCCAACCAGGGCAGAUUACCAAUCUCAGAUGGAGGCAAACAUGGAAAGGAAAAGAAAGCGUGAAGGGAAAGAGGAACCCAAGGUAAAGGGACAGAAAAAGGGAAAAGGAAAGCAGAAUAAGAACGAGGAGGAUGUUUACAAACCAAAGCUUAAGAAAUCCCAAGAAAUUGUAUUGGAACCUAGUAAUGAGAAAGGAGAGGUAAGAAGGACGAGGGGAAUGCCUCCGAAGAAAUGUCUCCUAGAAGAUUCUCCCGAGCGUGAAGAACCCCUAGACUCCUUUAAGAAAUCCAACAUGAGGUUCGCCGAGGAAAUGUUGAAAAACUUUGAUUCCAAACCGGCGGAUAAGGAGCGGAGAAAGAAGGAUAAGAAGAGGAGACGGGAGGAGGAGGAUAAAGAACAACCCAACACGAAAACUCCCCGUAUUGUUAUUAAAUUUAGUAAGACGAAAGAUCAGCAGCCUAAGCCUCCUGGCCCUGACAAUAAUGGCCUAGCUAAAUCGGAUUCUGCUUUGGAGGGAGGAGGACAUUCAUUCACAAAACUGAAGAUUAAGUCUCCAGUGAAGUGAUCUAAUGCAUAAGUUUGGGUGCCAUGUUAAAACUAGUGCAUAGGCCCCAACUCUCAGAUAUACCCGUCAGAUAUAGCCGCUGCAAAUAAUAUAUUAUAUACAUAUAAUCACUACUAGAAACUGAACUUUUAAAGUUUUCUUAAUUCCAUCAAUAUUAUUAUAUAAAUUAGGUUUUAUUAUUAUUAUUAUUAUUGCGUCGUCAGAUCUUCUAUAUUAACCUAUCUAAUAUGUAUUCAAAUGUAAUUUCCAUAUCAAGUUAAAGAUGGGUUGAAAAAAUACAAAAAAUGCAGUAUUUUGUCCCAUCUUUUUAAGACUGUUUUUUUAACCUUUGAGGACUCACCUUGCAGCUCUAUCUUGCUCAACCCUUGUGUACAUCGUGCACCCCUACUAUUCAAAAUUUUGCAUUUUUUGCUAAUCUUUGUUUUUUCUUUCCUUGGUAAAUAUAAUAUUAAUUAUCCCUUCCAAUGCACUAACUGGGAUAUAUAAUCCUGGUAUUUAUAAAUAUUAUGUAUUCGUACCUGAGUUUUAUUGAUUAGAAUACGCGGGGGGUGGGGCGGGGUGUUUGGACCCCCCCUUCUCCUUACCUCUCUGUUUUAUACAUAAUAGAUAGAAAAUACUCGGAUAUUAGUGAAACAAAUGAAUUAAACUGUUGACCCCUGGCCACGACGCCAUUGGAUUCUUGUAUGCAUUCAAUCGGAAUAAAUUGUUGAUUGUUUUCCCAUA